CCAGCCUCACCAGCACUACCUAUUACGUGUCGUGUUGCAUGUGAAGCUUUAGUAUCUAGUCAAUUGUUGUUUGAUUUCUCUGAUCUACUAACUCGCAGUCGCAAUGGCGCUCAACUAUUACGCUUCAUCUCCAACCGUCGUCCUCCCUCCACAGCAGCCCCCAGACUACUUCUCCGCCCACGCUCGACAAACUUCACCCAUACGAAGACAUCCUACUCCUCCUUCGCUCAACUAUCAAGCUGCGGUAAACACCUCAGCUGCUGGCCGCAAAAGAUCUAUACAAGACGUCGACCCUGAGGACCGUCCUGCCGACUGCCCCAACGCUGCUCCACCUAAGCCCAAGCCUGAACCCAUAUACGGGCCUGGCAUGACCCUAAUUUACCCUGACGACAGAACCGGCUUUCACAUUGGCGCUGAAUCACAAACAGGCACCUGGGCCGAAGAGAAAGCGGAGAAAGAACAAAGAGAGAUCGCGUCUCGUCCCGUCGCGGUGUCGCGCAAAUCAGCACGCACUCGCUCCAGUCGCGUUGAUUCCCUGACGGAACCAGACCAACAAGCGAGCGUCGUCAUUGACGAACAAGGUCAUACCAUCAACCAACUCAUCACUGAGCUUGGUGUCGGAUGGGCAAACAUGAUGGCGGAUCCUACUGCAUCGACCCGCGCGUACACUCGCGUCAUCGAGAAUCACUUUGCUCUCACCAAUGCAACCAUCAUGCUUGAAAGUGAGCGUCUGUCUGCCUACUUGGUUCGCGCGACAGACAUUCAUGGUCUGGCGAAAUAUUGGCUUUUUCACGAUAGCCUGUCAUGGUGCCAAUUGAUUGGCAAUGACCUUCAGUCUGCUGUGUCCAACCUUACAGUUCGCCCUGUCCCUGCUGUUCUCGGCGACCGCAUCAAUGCUCAGCGCAACACACCUCCUGGUCAACCCAGCACUCUUGAGGUAGAGAUGUCUACAGCCUCCGCCGAUAUCUCUUCUAUCGUUCCACAGGACGACGCUAUGCAAAUGUAACUGUCGAGCCCCAUUUGCGCGCGCUCCGGUUUACUGUACUAUACAACCUUGUUUCUUUUUUCCCUCCCUCAUUCGGAUCUGGACAUCUCACCAGAUCCCCGCGUCAUCUCAUGCAAAUUUCUCGCUUAUGUCCUUCUUAUCUACCUCUUUCUAUCUCGGUCACGGCGUACAUGGAAACAAUCAUAGGGAAACUGGGUGAUGAGCAGAAACAGCGAUUGGACUGGGUGGUCCAACGGUUCGACGUCUCGUAUGAGUUCUUUUGCGGCUGGUGGUGCUUAACAUAUAUCAAUUUAGCAGCAACUACGUCCCAACGCAAUGAUAAUAAAUGCGUGAUACUAUUUCCAAAUAGAAAAAGUUAUGCAUACUGUCAUUUCUACUGUGUCUGUACAGAGUGACGUGCGUCGCACGGUGAAACAACGGCGAAACAUGUUGAUCACUGCGGUAU